UGCGUGCGUGCGUGGUGACGUCAGACGUCGAAAAAGAAAGGCGUGGCCCAGGGAGGUCGGCGCUGUCAAGCCCAGGUUUAAGGGGAAAGGGGAAGGAAGGACGGCGAGGCGCUGGCGGCAGGAACCUGUCUGUUGCUGCAAAAAUGUUUCACUUAAGGACUUGUGUUACUAAAUUGAGGCCACUAACAGCCUCACAGACUGUUAAGACAAUUUCUCAAAACAAGCCAGCAGCACCCAGGACGUUUCAAGAAAUCAGGUGUUAUAGUGCACCUGUUGCUGCUGAGCCCUUUUUGAGUGGGACUAGUUCAAACUAUGUGGAGGAAAUGUACUAUGCUUGGUUGGAAAAUCCCAAAAGUGUACAUAAGUCAUGGGACAUAUUCUUUCGCAAUGCCAAUGCUGGAGCUGCUCCAGGUACUGCUUACCAAAGCCCCCCUCCAUUAAGUACCAGCCUAUCGGCACUGACACACGCACAGUCUCUGGUUCAAGCACAGCCGAAUGUAGAUAAACUGGUAGAAGAUCAUCUUGCAGUCCAAUCUCUUAUUAGAGCAUAUCAGAUUCGAGGGCAUCAUGUAGCACAGCUCGACCCACUGGGCAUCUUGGAUGCUGAUCUGGACUCUUCCGUUCCAGCCGAUAUUAUCACUUCCACAGACAAACUGGAUCUUGCAGUAUUCAAGGAGCGGCUGAGAGUGCUAACAGUAGGAGGGUUUUAUGGCCUGGAUGAGUCGGAUCUGGACAAGGUCUUCCACUUGCCCACUACCACUUUCAUUGGAGGAAAUGAGUCUGCUCUUCCACUUCGGGAAAUCAUUCGCCGUUUAGAGAUGGCCUACUGUCAACAUAUUGGUGUAGAAUUUAUGUUUAUUAAUGAUCUGGAGCAGUGCCAAUGGAUAAGGGAAAAAUUUGAAACACCAGGGAUCAUGCAGUUCUCUAGUGAAGAAAAGCGCACUCUUCUGGCUAGAUUAGUUCGGUCAACCAGAUUUGAAGAGUUCCUGCACAGGAAAUGGUCUUCUGAAAAACGCUUUGGUCUGGAAGGUUGUGAGGUUCUGAUCCCUGCUUUAAAGACAAUAAUUGACAAAUCAAGUGAAAAAGGAGUGGAUUAUGUGAUCAUGGGAAUGCCUCAUAGAGGGCGUCUGAAUGUCCUUGCCAAUGUUAUCAGGAAGGAGUUGGAGCAGAUUUUCUGCCAGUUUGAUUCCAAACUGGAAGCUGCUGAUGAGGGCUCAGGUGAUGUAAAGUAUCACUUGGGAAUGUAUCACCGGAGAAUUAAUCGAGUCACUGACCGGACCAUCACUCUUUCAUUGGUUGCAAAUCCUUCUCACUUGGAGGCUGCUGAUCCAGUUGUUCAGGGCAAGACAAAGGCAGAGCAAUUUUAUUGUGGAGAUACUGAAGGGAAAAAAGUGAUGUCCAUCCUUUUGCAUGGAGAUGCUGCUUUUGCUGGGCAAGGUAUAGUUUAUGAGACUUUCCACUUGAGUGACCUGCCUUCCUAUACUACACAUGGGACAGUUCAUGUGGUGGUGAACAAUCAGAUUGGAUUCACUACUGACCCCCGUAUGGCUCGUUCUUCUCCAUACCCAACAGAUGUAGCCCGGGUGGUUAAUGCACCCAUUUUCCAUGUCAAUGCUGAUGACCCAGAGGCUGUGGUGUAUGUAUGCAAUGUGGCAGCUGAAUGGCGAAGUACUUUCCAUAAAGAUGUAGUAGUGGAUCUGGUAUGCUACAGACGAAAUGGACACAAUGAGAUGGAUGAGCCAAUGUUCACCCAGCCAUUGAUGUACAAACAGAUCCGAAAGCAGAAGCCUGUGCUGCAGAAAUAUGCUGAGACGCUAAUUUCACAAGGAGUGGUAAAUCAGCCUGAAUAUGAGGAGGAAAUUGCCAAAUAUGAUAAGAUCUGUGAAGAGGCCCAUGCCAGGUCCAAGGAUGAGAAAAUCCUUCACAUCAAGCAUUGGCUAGAUUCUCCAUGGCCUGGUUUCUUCACUCUGGAUGGGCAGCCCAGAAGCAUGACAUGCCCUUCUACUGGUCUGAAUGAAGAGGAUUUGGCCCAUAUAGGAAAAGUGGCAAGCUCAGUUCCUGUUGAAAACUUCACAAUUCAUGGGGGUUUAAGCAGGAUUCUAAAAACACGUGGAGAGUUGGUUACUAAUAGAACUGUAGAUUGGGCCUUAGCAGAAUACAUGGCUUUCGGCUCUCUCCUUAAAGAGGGAAUCCACAUCCGACUGAGUGGACAAGAUGUUGAGAGAGGAACAUUCAGCCAUCGACACCAUGUCUUGCAUGAUCAGAAUGUUGACAAGAGGACCUGUAUUCCUAUGAACCACCUGUGGCCAAAUCAAGCUCCAUAUACAGUCUGCAAUAGUUCACUGUCAGAGUAUGGAGUCCUAGGAUUUGAACUAGGCUUUGCCAUGGCCAGCCCUAAUGCUUUAGUGUUAUGGGAAGCUCAGUUUGGUGACUUUCACAAUACAGCUCAGUGUAUUAUUGACCAGUUCAUCUGUUCUGGGCAGUCCAAGUGGGUGAGACAAAACGGCAUGGUCCUUCUGCUUCCCCAUGGCAUGGAAGGAAUGGGCCCUGAGCACUCUUCUGCCAGACCAGAGCGAUUCUUGCAAAUGUGCAAUGAUGAUCCAGAUGUCUUCCCGAAACUAGAUGACUUUGAUGUGCGUCAGCUGUACGACUGCAAUUGGAUUGUAGUGAAUUGUUCCACGCCAGCAAACUUUUUCCAUGUUGUGCGGAGGCAGAUACUUCUCCCCUUCCGGAAGCCGCUCAUAGUCUUCACUCCAAAGUCAUUGUUGCGUCAUCCUGAAGCUCGGUCCAGCUUUGAUGACAUGUUGGCAGGCACACAUUUCCAGCGUAUUAUUCCAGAAAAUGGUGUUGCUGCACAAAAUCCAGAGGGUGUGAAGCGAAUCCUCUUCUGCACUGGCAAAGUGUAUUAUGAUCUCACUAGAGAGCGGAAGGUCCGGGAGAUGGAAGCAGAUGUAGCCAUUACUCGGGUGGAGCAGUUAUCACCAUUCCCCUUUGACCUCCUGUUGAAGGAGUUCCAUAAAUACCCCAAUGCAGACCUGGUUUGGUGUCAAGAAGAGCACAAAAACCAAGGAUAUUAUGAUUAUGUAAAGCCUAGACUUCGCACAACCAUCGACCGUGCAAAGCCAGUGUGGUAUGCUGGACGUGAACCUGCUGCAGCACCAGCCACAGGCAACAAAAAGACUCACCUGACUGAACUGCAGCGCCUCUUGGACACUGCCUUCAACCUCGACUCUUUCAAGGGCUUGUCUUAGAUAACACUUGGAAAUGGUUCUGCAGCACACUGUGUGUUCUGUCCAGCUAUGUUCCCUUUAUUUCCAUGUCCUUAAUUCUAAACCUUGUAAACUAACUUAAGGCACCCAUUAUUAAUCUUUCAUUUACUGUUGAGGAACUGCCUUUUCAGUGACCCUUGUCUGGAAUGCUUGUAAUAAGUUUUCUCUUUCAAGUGCUGUUGCUUGCACCUCUGGAACAAUAUGGUUUCACUCCAAUCCAGUCCUGUGUCCUUCCUGAAAACCCCAGAUUAGCCAACUUCCCUAAGUCCUAGAAUUAGGACUUUAAUGGACUAACCUUUGCUUUCCAAAUGGGUCUCUGUGCUGGAAAUUGUGAUGGCUCCAGGUAAUGCAGAAGUCAUUAUUUCUAACCUCUAGGUGUGGGCAAUGCUUUUGAAUUCCAGUGCCUACCUGGAGGGACAAGGGCUAUGGUGGCCUUCCUAGUCCCUUUGCCUCUCUAGAACCAUUUGAUCUGGCAUAGAUCUUCCCUUGUAUGAUAAAAUUCCUUUUCUUUAAGCUGCACAACCCAAGCACUGAAAUCCAGGGCAAGCAUCCUGAAGAAUUGCUCCUCUUUCCUAUGUCUUAGUAGCCUAGCAUUGAACACCCAGACAGCCAAAUUCAAAACAUUCUUCUUCAGAAGGUUUCUUUCCUUUUUCGAAAAAGAUGGAGUAACACAACCAGGCACUGAGCUGCUUCCUUUGUUUUGAAACUUGCAGCCCUUAGUAAUCAUAUUUCACAUCUUAGUUAGGAAUCCAUACUAGUGGUGUCCAGUGAUUCUGUCAUAUAAUCACCAUAGCCUUUUUGUAUAUUAAGCUUCAGGUCUGCUUAGCCUUUUGACUCUUUCUCUGCAGCUAUUCUUGGAAAUACAUAAAGAUUAGUUAGGUUCACACAAACUAACGUCUCCGAUAGGAAAAGUUGUUAUUAAUGCUUAAACCUCAGCAUUGUGCAUCUUUGUUCUUAGUAAUGAGAGAGAGAGAGAGAAAAGCUGCAUUUGAGGCUCAGUUAUAUCACUGGAGCAAGAUGACCAUUUUCCAUCACAGAGUAGAGACAUGUUGCACUUUUCUUUCAUUUCUGGCAAAUGGGAUCACAUUUUACUGUACACUUGUUUCAAGCAUUUCUUCCAUAAUGAUCACUUCAGUGCUUAUUAGUUCAUCAGUGUUUUAAAUGAUUCGUUGUGCAUAUAGAUUUAACACAUAAAAGACAUUUUAAGUCAAUGUAAAACCUGUAAAGACAUCUGGAUCAUGCAAGCCUAGCAUUGUUGAUCUAUAUCCUGCAAGAAACAUUUAAAUCAGUGUUUCUGUACACAACUUUCUAUCCACAGAAUUACUUGUCUAGUAGGCUCAAACGGAUAAAAAGAUCUAGUGUUUGUUGCUGCUGGGCUUGGCUUAUGUUCUUCUAGUUCUGCAAGCCUAGACUAGAAGCAAAGGUUAAAAUUACAUGCAUUUUUGACUGCAGGGGUAGCUUAAUACCUGCUUUUCACUGAGAAGCUGUGCAACCCAGGAGCUAACACAGUCCAUGGAGGGAAGCCCUGAAUGUUGAAACUGGUCAGCUAUGUGUUAUCUGGAGGUAUACCCUCUUUCUAUGAGCCUCUCCAGCUCUGUGUCCUCCUGCCAAAGCUUGGGCCCUUUCAGGAGGGUCUUCUCAGUAAUCUAAUGACAGCCCAAAGCUGAUGGAUUCCAUGUGAACCUGAAUGUUUCUAUUUCCACAUUAAUAUGCACAAUGGAAUGUAUUGCCUGCCCUUGGCAGCAUUAAUUUUCUUCAUGUUUUACAUGAUGAUUUGAGGCUUGGAAACAACCAAUUCACUGCACACACAAACACUUAUGGCCUUUGUGUCAGGAUUUGAUGGCUUUUAUUAUCCAUUGCUGACAACUGGCAGCUGUUUCAAACCACAGUAAUGAUGCAGUGUUCUUCUGGUAGUAGAAUGUAUCUCAGUGCUUUGGCUGUGUACCUUCUUUUUGGCUUCACGCGAUUGGCACAGUGUCAUGUAGUGGCAGUGUCAGCAGUGAUUUGAUUUGGCAAGGACAUUCAAGAGAUAAAAUCCUGAAUCAAAUUGCAGCUGCCUUGGACAGAUCACACAGCACCCACAGAAUCACACAUCGUCUUAAGUCUGUGUCUGUUCUGUGUCAGUCUCCUAAGCAAAAGUUCAUGAGAGGGGUGGGAUCUGAACCUGCUUCCAUACUCUAUUGGAGCCCCUAUUGUGCCCCAAACAUUACUUGUCUUUCUGGCUGUCUUCAGUGGGAGAUGUCCAGUUCUGCUCCAUCUGGUUAACCUAAGCAUUAUGAAAAGGAGUACAGUUUCUUCUGUCCUCUAGAUUUCUUCUGUAAAAACUUUUCUGUAAUAGAAAUAUCUGUGCUGCUUCACUAGUGGGAACAGCACACUCCAAAAAUGAUGCCCACUGUUGGAGAGGGACAGUGUCAAGAUGCGUGUUUUUAUGGUUACUCCAAGUGGGACUGCAGCCUUUAAUUCCUCUGCUCUGCAGAAGGAGAAGGUUGGUGUUGCCAAAGCAGUGGCUAGUGAGAGAGGAAGGUUGCCUGUUCUAGACUAGCACUACCCUGGAGCUCCCCUCACACUCACAGCCUGACUUAUUUAUUUUGGUUUCAAAAAGAACAUCAAACAGAUAAUGUGUCUGGCUUAAAAUAAAGCCUGGUCUUCUGGCCAAAGCGUAUUCAGCUUGCUCAAUUGUCUGAGAUUCAUUCUUUUCACCUAGUACAAGAGACACAUCCCCUUUUUGGAGGCAAGUGGAAUGGAAAUCAAAUAUUGGUGCAUUUGUACUGCAAUUUUGCAUGCUUACUGCGAAAGUGUUUAAUAAAAUGGCUUGAACAGUGGCAGGCAAAAUCAUUACCUAUGCUUGUUUGAGUUGUUUGUUCCAGUUGCUUUUGUUGAAUUCAUCCUGACCCUGGAUUGGAAGCCAACCAUCUCUAAACAAUCUCACUAAAAUUUGAAUGUCAUUUUGAAGUGUCCCUACCUUCAGAAGGGUUAUGUGGCUUUUUACCCAGCAUUCUUCAAUUCUGUACAAUGUGAAGAGAUUUGGUUCUUCAUCUCCUGAGGGAUGCACAUCUUUCUAAGCAGUCCCUCAGCAUCCAGAGACUUCAGGGCUGGUGCUAUAGGCUUAACCUAUCACCAAAUAUAAGAAGGUGCUGUGACAUUGGACUUAGGAAAAUUUGACUAAUGUUUAGAAAUCCCAGCUGCAGAGUUGUAGAUAACUCUGUCUAUAAAGUUAAAGGAAUACUGUAUUAGCAGUAGCAACCACAACUAGAUGUCAGUAGAGUGGAUUUCACUUGACUUGUCCAAGAGAGUUGGGGGCCAUAUUAAGAUGCUUCAUAAGUGUUUUUAAAGCUGCUAUCACUGGCUUUUGGAUAACAGGAAUCAAGGAUUACAUAUCAUGUCUUGCUGAAAAAUUCUGCAGCCGAAUAUAGAAAAUAGCUUAUUUUAAGGGAAAAUGGGGUGUUUUUUCUGAUAUGUUCCCACAGAGACUGGAUCUUUAAGUACAAUGGCAAAAGAACACAAUGGCAACAUAUACUGGCACUAUUAAACUAAGACAGUUUGAUUAACAUUAGAACUGCAACUUUUUAUUGAGUGAUCGGUUUGAUUGAAAACCUGGCAAUCAAAGAACAGUUGGAUCCACUAGUAUAAAUUUAUAUUAAUACAAAUAUUGAUAAAAGUUGUGAAUGGCAGGCACCAUUGUAAGACGCAUUCUUCUCCUCCUCUUCCCUCAUACAUGAGGGAACAAAUAUUUUAAAAUGAUAUUUCUUCUGUUAUGUGUAUCAUCUAUAAACAGUUUGCAUCUUUUA